UUCACCUUAUUCUAUUUCAUUCCGCUCUAUUUUGUCCUAUUUAUCACUUAACUCUUGAAUAUCAUCCACUUCAAACCACUGGAUUUUGUUAACAUACACGUGCAAAGUAAACACACAAGUUUCUUUCAUUUUGCCAAGCUGGCUCAUAGUCAUAUAUAAAAAUAAUUGUGCAAACUGCAGUUUUUGAUGCUGGAUUGCUGGCCGAAAAGAUGUUAAAUGUUUUAUUAGUUGUUUGAUUAGAGAUUUAGAGUUAGGUAGUGCCUUUUUAUUAUUAUAUAUAUGAUGAUAAUAGUAAUAGUAAGAUUUUUUUUGGAUGCAACGAACCUUUGUCUUGUUAGAUUUUUACACAUCUGAUCUUAGUACAGCAUAUGAAUGAAUUUUGAACAAAUAGAGAUGUUUUGUUUAUUGACAAGGUCCAAUGAUCUUUUGACCGUCCUUCAGGACACUAUACCCUGCCGUCCUAACUCUAAAGUUGAAUUGAAGUGCUAUACGUAUACCUUAGCUCGAAGGGACAAGUCCAAACCAAAUUAGCAACACAAAAAGGUCCACGCACUCUUAUAUAUAUAUAUUGAUCUCAACCAUUAAUUGGUACCUUGUUUUCAUCAAACAAACAAACAAAAAAACAAACACUAUAUUAGUGAUCAUUAAUUAGAGCUCGAUCUGCAGGCUACACCUAUUCAGAUCGAUUGAUCGAUCGAUCAUGGGAAGUAUGAAAAAGAAAUCAAAUACUAUUAAGCAAAGCAAGAUUAAGCAUUACAUUUUAACUCCUGUUAGGAUUCUAAAGAGGGCAAAGGAAUUAUACGUUAAGGGGAUGAUGGCUUGUUCUGGGAAGUUUACUGCUGGCUCUCCUAUUUCAGUUUCACACCUCCCUCCAGUAGAUCACAGUAAUCACAGCGUAGUCAAUAAUGUUAAUACUUCAAAGAUAAAUAAUGGUAGUGAAAGACAGUCACUCAGGGAGAUUUUCAUAACUGCGCCCAUCAACGAAAUGAGACUCGUUACAAAUGGAGAACAAAAAGUAGUGACGAUCAGAAAUAAUAUUGUAGGGAGUGAAAGUGUUGUUAUGCAAAGGAGGCAAAGGCAACGGAAUGCAGGGUAUAAAUAUAAGAGGAAUAAAAUGAGUUACCAGACUGAGGUGAGAAAAAUGGGGAGAAUUGAUGAGGAUAAACCUUGUUAUUUUGAGGAAGAUGAAAGUGAUCAUUCCAUUUCCAAGGCUAAUUUACUGUAUAUGUAUCCAAGAAGUAGCAGGAUCAAUAUUGUUGUCAAAAAGCCUCAUGAAAAAGUGGCACCAGUCUAAGCUGCUGCAAUUUUCUACAUUAUAUGGUUCAACUUUUUCAAUUCUAUACAUAAUUUCACCAUGUAGUUUUGCGAGUGUUAAUUUUCAUUUUCAAUCGCAAAUAAUUUUCUUCUACUUUUGAUUAGAUCAUUGUUUUUGCUCUUAA